AUGAACGACCACGCCAACCAACACUACCAUGCCGUGGACGCGCUCUCUUCCAACGUCUUACCACCAGCACGAGAUCGCUUGCCACCGCCCGAACCGCCAGCCAAGCCGCCUUCGACCAAGCGCCGCAAGAUCAACACAUGUUUCCCUUGCAAGCAGCGUAAAGUCAAGUGCGAUCGGCAGCAGCCUUACUGCGGCCAGUGCCAGAAACACCGCAUUCCCGCGGAACGAUGCAUCUGGUCCUCGGACGUAGCACUACCCACGAAUAUGCACAGCGCUGCCUCGACCCUGUCGUACUCCAAGCCAGAUGCGUCGCAUGCAUCCAUGGGCAUAGGGGCAGGCGAUUGGACGAACUCUCAAGGAGCUCCAGAUCUCGCUCUGGACAAUGAUACACGCGCGGUGAUUGAACGCAUCAGUCAUCUGGAGCAGCGCUUGGCGACCAAUACAGCGUCUCAGCCCUCUUCACAUGAUUUACCGACCAACUCGACAAGCCAGACGCAGAUCGAUCCUAUUUUGCUCGCUGGCACUGGCUUGUCACUUGGCGAUGUAAAUGGGGAGCGCUCUAGCGCGGCAGCCCUCUCUCAAGAUGCUGCUGUAGCUGCUGAAUUGGCCUUUUGGCGAGCUAAAAUGGAGCAGCAUCAACGUCCCACUCACUCGAAUGACAACACGCAAAUGGCUCAAAUGCAAGCGGAGCAGAAUAUUGCUGCCGAUGCAUUGGCUAUGUUUGCUCGACACAGCCAGCAAGGCUCGAUUAGCGGCAGUGAUCAAGGGAUGGGCCGAUCCGCUGCGGUUGGCGCAGGCACCGAUGCUUUGCCGCGCCAAACUAUUGUUAAUGCAUUGCUGGAUAGCGCAGCGUUUAGUAUGAGCUCCUCUUCAUCUCGUGUCCGUGCUGCUCUUGACUUGCUCCCUGAUACCCAGCAAACUGACUACUUGCUCAAGAUCUUGCAGACGGUAGACCUGCACGUAUCGUAUGGCAUUAGCUGGCGCCUCGUCAAGAUGCAGCUCAGCACGCUGCGCACCCAACUGGCCAGUUGGAACCGUAUGCAUACCACGGUGCCUGAGCAGCUCGACCUAUCCUUCCUAGCAUUGCUUCUUGUCCUACUAGGUCUUGCGGCACAAUACACAGAGUCACGGUUCUUUAUUGAACAGGGCUUCUGCUCCUCGCCUGAUCAGGUUGAUGCCUUUGUGGACACUUGGAUCGAUCAUGCGCAAGCGCUAAUGGCUGCUGAUGACUUUGUUAACAAGACCAACUGGAAUCACAUUGCUGCCCUCCUACUCUGCGUCGACCACCAUGCUUCACGGGGUCGCCUUCUUGUCUCUCUCAUGACAUUGUCUACCCUUGUUCGUUUAGCGGAACAGCAGGGCUACCACCGCCUAGGCUCGGCUACAGACGAUGAACAGGCGUGGCGACAAGCACCUGAAAGCAAGCAGGUAUGCGUAUCUGCUGUUGUCGCCACAGCUCGUCCAGGGACGUGGGUGCGGCCCACAAGCACUAUGACGAGCCUUCCAGACCGUUCUCAUCUUGUGCGUGAAGCUGCCCGUCGCCUAUGGUACCGCAUUGCCUGCAAAGAUAUGGUGGUAAGUGCUGUUGUACAGCGCGUGUCCCAAAUCAACCCAUCGCGGGCCAACACGGCUGCCCCAUUGAACGUGGAUGAGGAUGAUUUGCCGGACGGCGAAUCCCAUGCUCUUCCUCCUAUUAAGGACAACGGCCGCCCGACUAUCAAUAACUUGACGCCUCACCUGUACGAAAUUGCGGACUUGGGACGCCAAUGGGGCAACUUGAUCCAGUCACAAUCUCUUACGUACACGCAUGUGCUGGAAUUCGAUGCCAAGUUCCGUGGUUUGCUAUCCAACUUGCCGAUCUACUUGCGCCCUGAUCCGGCUCUCGAGCAAUUGCCAGAAGUUCGCCAGGAACAAGCUCAGCGGCCUUACUUGGCCAUGCACCGUCUUAUUGUAUUUGAGGCCGUGAAUCACCGCCUGCUUGUUUUGCAUCGUGACUAUAUAUGUUUGGGCCACCGCGAUGAAAAGUAUGCCUAUUCGACACGCGUGGCCGUUGAUGCAGCACGCACGAUUAUUUCUUGUCGCCAGCAGAUCGAUAAUGUGCAUCCGUCUGUUCAACGUCAUGCCUCUUUCCGGCACCAUCUGUUCCAGGCUGCGAUUGUACUUACAUUGCACCUGCUUGAGCUUACUGCAAAAUCGCAAGGCUCAUCGCAAGUCGCGCAUCAACUUCGCGAUGAUAUUGCCCUAAUUAUGAACUAUAUUACUGGUACAGGAGAGCUUCGUCAUCCUCUGCCCACAUCGCAAAAAAUUGCCCUCAAGUUGAUUGAUGUACUUUUGGCUGCUGCCAAUACUCGGCAGCAUAAGAUGGAUGGGGCAACCAGCGCUGAUAAGACACUUAGUAAUACCGAUUCAACUGCCGCCUCCAUGCCAUCGAUGGGCAUGGAAAAUGACGCCUCAGGUGACCUGUUCCAACUCAACGCCUCCGCAUCCAGUCAGGAUGUGAUUGCUGAUACGGCCAAUGCAUUCUCACAGGAAAUGUUGGAUCCCAACUUCGCCAACAAACCUUCUCUCGCCGAAUUCUUUGCCUCUUUGGACGAGUUGAUGGUGCCUAUCUACUGA